CCCACUGCGGAAGAGCGCAGCCCGGCAAGCCCCAGCCCUGAGACUGGACCCUCAGCGGAGCCGGGCAGCACCUCCGCCGCUUCGCCCCGCCGGACGUCCCCGCCUCCUCCACUCUCAGCCUCCGCUGGAGAGACCCCCAGCCCCACCAUUCAGCGCGCAAGAUAUCCUCCAGAUAUGCCCUGCGUGCAAGCCCAGUAUAGCCCUUCACCGCCCGGUUCCAGUUAUGCAGCACAGACAUAUGGCUCGGAAUACACCACGGAGAUCAUGAAUCCUGACUACUCCAAGCUGACCAUGGACCUCGGCAGCACCGAGAUCACGGCCACGGCUACCACGUCCCUGCCCAGCUUCAGUACCUUCAUGGAGGGCUACUCGAGCAACUACGAACUCAAGCCCUCCUGCCUGUACCAAAUGCAGCCGUCGGGGACCCGGCCUUUGAUCAAGAUGGAGGAGGGCCGCGCGCACGGCUACCACCAUCACCACCAUGACCACCACCACCACCACCAUCACCAGCAGCAGCCAUCCAUUCCGCCCCCCUCCGGCCCGGAGGACGAGGUGCUGCCCAGCACCUCCAUGUACUUUAAGCAGUCCCCGCCGUCCACCCCCACCACGCCGGGCUUCCCCCAGCAGGCGGGGGCGAUGUGGGACGACACGCUGUCCUCCGCACAGGGCUGCAUCGCCCCCGGCCCGUUGCUCGACCAGCCGAUGAAGGCGGUGCCCACGGUGGCAGGCGCGCGCUUCCCGCUCUUCCCCUUCAAGCCCUCGCCGCCGCACCCGCCCGCGCCCAGCCCCGCAGGCGGCCACCACCUCGGCUACGACCCGACGGCCGCCGCCGCGCUGAGCCUGCCGCUGGGAGCCGCCGCCGCCGCCGCCGCCGCCGCGGGCAGCCAGGCAGCCGCGCUCGAGGGCCACCCGUAUGGGCUGCCGCUGGCCAAGAGGGCGGCCGCGCUGGCCUUCCCGCCGCUCGGCCUCACGGCCUCCCCCACCGCAUCCAACCUGCUGGGCGAGAGCCCCAGCCUGCCGUCACCGCCCAACAGGAGCUCGGCGUCGGGUGAGGGCACGUGCGCCGUGUGCGGGGACAACGCCGCCUGCCAGCACUACGGUGUGCGCACCUGCGAGGGCUGCAAAGGCUUCUUCAAGAGAACAGUGCAGAAAAAUGCAAAAUAUGUUUGCCUGGCAAAUAAAAACUGCCCUGUAGACAAGAGACGUCGAAACCGAUGUCAGUACUGUCGAUUUCAGAAGUGUCUCGGUGUCGGAAUGGUUAAAGAAGUCGUCCGUACAGAUAGUCUGAAAGGGAGGAGAGGUCGGCUGCCUUCCAAACCAAAGAGCCCAUUACAGCAGGAAGCCUCUCAGCCCUCUCCACCUUCUCCUCCAAUCUGUAUGAUGAAUGCCCUCGUCCGAGCUUUAACAGACUCAACGCCCAGAGAUCUGGAUUAUUCCAGAUACUGUCCCACUGACCAGGCCGCUGCAGGCACAGAUGCCGAGCAUGUACAACAGUUCUACAACCUUCUAACAGCCUCCAUUGACGUAUCUAGAAGCUGGGCAGAAAAGAUUCCCGGAUUUACUGAUCUCCCCAAAGAAGAUCAGACAUUACUUAUAGAAUCAGCCUUUUUGGAGCUGUUUGUUCUCAGACUUUCCAUCAGGUCAAACACUGCUGAAGAUAAGUUUGUGUUCUGCAACGGACUUGUCCUGCAUCGACUUCAGUGCCUUCGUGGAUUUGGGGAGUGGCUCGACUCCAUUAAAGACUUUUCCUUAAGUUUGCAGAGCCUGAACCUUGAUAUCCAAGCCUUAGCCUGCCUGUCAGCACUGAGCAUGAUCACAGAACGACAUGGGUUAAAAGAACCAAAGAGAGUGGAGGAGCUAUGCAACAAGAUCACAAGCAGCUUAAAAGAGCAUCAGAGUAAGGGACAAGCUUUGGAACCCACCGAGCCCAAGGUCCUGCGUGCCCUGGUAGAACUGCGGAAGAUCUGCACCCUGGGCCUCCAGCGCAUCUUCUACCUGAAGCUGGAAGACUUGGUGUCUCCACCUUCCAUCAUCGACAAGCUCUUCCUGGAUACCCUGCCUUUCUGAGCAGGAGCACCCUGAGCAGGGAGCUGCCUCAUGUGCUAGCAGGCGCUUGCCAAGCAGCGGAGGGAUGGGUCUGGACACCUACCAUUUUCUGUCCUUCCUUAAGAGAAGAAGCAAGCUCCUGUAGAAAUGAAAGACCUUUUUUUUUUUUUUUUUUUUUUCCUGGCACUUUUCCUUACAACUGAAAGCCAGAAAACUUGCAGAGUAUUGUG